AUGGGCCGGAGCCUGAGCCCGCUGCUGCGGCAGGAGCUGGACAACCUGGACAAGGACGCCGAUAGCCGCCGCGCCGCCAUGAAGGCGCUCAAGUCCUACGCCAGGCACCUGGACUCCAAGUCUAUCCCGCACUUCCUCGCCGAGGUUUCCGACACCACCACGGCCGCGGGCGGCGCCGCAGGCGCCGGCAUGCCGACCGGUGAGUUCACCAUCUCGCUCUACGAGGUGCUGGCGCGGGUGCACGGGCGCAACAUCGUGCCGCAGAUCGGCAACAUCAUGGCCACCAUCAUGCGCACGCUCUCCUCCAGCGGGGGAUCCUUCCCGCUCCACCAGGCCUGCUCCAAGGUGGUGCCCGCCAUCGCGCGCAGGACGGCGGCGCCGCGUCCGCGCGCGGCGCUGUGCCUGAAGGCGCUCGUCGAGUCCACCAACUGGAGGUUCGCGUCCGGGGAGAUGGUGAACGAGGUCUGCCUCAAGGUGGCCGGGGCGAUGCACGACCGGGCGACGCGCUCGAACGCGCACAUGGGCCUCGCCAUGGCGCUGGUGAAGCACAAUGGCCUGAUUGCGGAGGCGUACGCGAGGUCCAUUGUGCGGUCGGGGCUGCAGAUCCUCGAUGGGGACACGGCGGAGAGCAGCUCGCAGAAGCGCCUCUCGGCGAUCCAGAUGAUCAACUUCUUCAUGAAGUUUGUUGACCCCAGGUGCUUGUCUUCAGAGCUUGGCAGGGUGAUUGCUGUGAUGGAGAAGUGCCAGAAUGACCGCAUGCCGUUCGUGCGAGGUGCUGCAUUUGAGGCAUCACAGAGCGCGAAGAGCAUCGCCUCGCAGAAGGGAUCAAGACAUGAGGUUGGCACAAGCCCAAUGGUUGGCUCCAAUUUUCACAAGAGAAGGAGAAGAGCCCGUGCAGGAGCCUCUGGAGUGCAAGGGCAGCCCUGCAGGCUCCACCGUCGCUGCUUCUCCAGCCCAGUUCAGGUCCCCGGAAUCCCAGGUUGUGGAUUCGUCUAUCAUGAAUGGCAGCACACUCACCGAAUCGCCGGUCUCAGUCGGGCAGUCCUCUUGCAACUUCGAUCAGAGUCGGCGCACGAACCGGAGCUUUGCUCAAACAGCAAUUCCUAUGAAGAUGACUUGGGCGAGGUCUGUGACAGUGAGGUGACUGAUGCUAACUUUGAGUGCACUAACACAUUUGCAGGAUUUGUGUCACGAAGCCCAAAUGGCUCCAUAUCAAGAGACAAGACUCCCAGUCCCAGGGCUUCAGACAGGCCGAUCAGCAUUGAUAACGUGAAGAUAUACUCAACACCAAGGAAGCUUCUCCGAUUGCUUCAAAGCUCAUACGACUCUGACUCUGCUAGCAUUGUGGGGCAAUCCACUGCAAAGCUCAGUGGCUUAUCAUCACCAGAUCAGGAACAUGAGGAACUAGUGAUCUCAUCUGAACAGAUGCAAUCUCUGCAUUCAGACAGCAAAGCUGAUGAGAUGAAGGAUGAGAAUGAAACCAUUGAUAUGCAGAACAGCAAUGAUAGGACUGAGACUCUAUCCAAUGCCGAUGAAUCAGGACUUUCCACUACCGAGGCUGAGAACACAUCGAGCAAGGCUUCCCCUGAAAUUGAACUUAAAGAGGAUGAUGUCUGUAUUACAAGCAGCAUAGUGAAGACGAGGAAGUAUAGAACAAAAUUCACUUUUGUUCUGAGCAUGAUUGUGAUUGUUUUAGCGAUCAUCACCAUGUUUAUUAGGAUAGAGAAUUAUGAUGAUUCAGUGUACCUUGUCCCCACUUGA